AUGAAGAUCGAAAAGCUCUACACCUACCCAGUCAAAGCCCUCCGGGCAGUAGAGCUGGACUCAGUCCAAGUCACCAAACAUGGCUUCCCCCACGACCGCCGCUUCAUGGUCCUGCAAGUCCUGAAAGAAGACGACGGCUCCAUCAAGUACAAGAACAUCCACGUAGCGCACUUCCCGGAAAGCGUACGCUUCUUCCCUAGCCUGGACCUCGAAGGGGAGCGUGUCAAAGUCACCUACAAGCCUGCCAACGGCGGUGAGGAGAAACAUGUCGACUUUCCUCUGUAUCCAGAGACGGACGAUCUCGACGCUGUCGAAGUCGACAUGCACAAAUCCCCCACCAAAGCCUACAAAAUGCCCCAAAAGUACAACGACUGGUUUUCGUCCUGCUAUGGCUUCGAAGUGAUCCUCGCCCAUCUAGGCCGCAACUACCGCGCAGUCCUCAUGUCCACAAGCCACAACAAGCAAACUCCCCAACCCUCCAACAACUCAGCAGGAAGCUGGCUCUCCACCAUAACCUCCACCGCAACCUCCUACCUCACAGGCUCCAACAAAGAAAACGCCACCCCAGCAGACCUUAACAUCCUCACCUUCAACGACUGCGCGCCCUACCUCAUCGCCUCCGCCCGCAGCAUGGACGACCUACACCACCGCCUCGGCGACUCCCCCAACACAAAAAUGGACAUCCUCAAAUUCCGCCCCAACAUCAUCCUCUCCGGCGCCUCCGAACCCUGGGAAGAAGACUACUGGGGUGAACUCACCAUCACCUCCCCAUCUUCCCCCCAAACCAAAAUCUCCUGCAUCCACAACUGCGGCCGCUGCAAAUCCAUCAACAUCGACUACGACACCGGGGCGCCCUCCACGGGGCCCGAGGGGAACAUGCUCAAGCAGAUGCAGCGAGAUCGCCGCGUGGAUCCCGGGACGAAGUGGAGUCCGAUUUUUGGGAGGUAUAGUUUUUUGGGGGAGGGGUGUGAGGGGAAUGUGGUGAGGGUUGGGGAUGAGGUGGUUGUUAGUGAGAGGUUGGGGGAGAGGACGAGGUUUGGUGAGUUCUUGUCGUUUGCUUCGUUCGUGUGUAUUUGGGGUCUGGCGACGACGUAG